CGUACGGAGCGACAGCAAAUAAUAGUUUUAUGAAAAAUGAUGCUCCAGAUAAUAUUAAUCAAGAAAUUGAAUUAAGCAUCCCUUUCAAACGAAAAAGAUGGUGGCGAAUAAAUCAGAAACUUCUAUACGGGUUAGGUCAUAUGUACAAUGACCUAUGUGCGGCGAUGUGGUUUUCAUAUAUGAUGCUGUUCUUUCAAGCGGUACUAGAAAUGAGGGCCGUCGUCGCCGGUGCCAUGCUACUACUAGGACAAGUAGUGGAUGCGCUCGCGACUCCAAUAGUCGGCGUAUUAGCUGAUAAAUAUAGUACAAAAAAGUUUUGGCAUUUAAUGGGAUGUAUUUUGGUGUCGAUUACAUUUCCGCUGUUAUUUAUAAGAUGUUGGAAUUGCUGGCCAAAAGAAAACUUCGAAUAUCUGAUGUGGUGGAUGCCUGUUUACUACGCUGUAUUAAUAACGUUUUUCCAAAUAGGCUGGGCCAUAGUUCAGAUAUCACAUCUCGCAAUAAUACCAUCAAUUACCGACAACUUGGAAAUACGAUCAGAGUUGACAUCUAUUAGGUAUAUGGCUUCAGUUAUUUCAAGUCUGGCUGUCUAUUUUAUAACUUGGAUCGUUUUAAGAGCAACAAACUACAGUACGUUCAUUAGACCAACGGAUGAUUAUAAAUUUCGGGAUGUAUCACUUAUUAUUACCAGUAUUGGAAUAAUGUCGUUCGUAACCUUCCAUAUUUUCUUCAAAUCGAAACCACACAAAAUACCUAGAGAAAACGGACAUAUAGGGGAAAGCGCUGAAAUUGAACCUCUUCAGUUUUCAACAAAGUCAAAAAUCAUUCAUUUCUUACAAAUGCCAUUGUUAUAUCAAACAAGUUGUUUGUAUGUAUUUUCACGACUUUAUUGGGCACUCAGCCUUGUGUACGUGCCCUUAUUCUUGGAAGAACGUUUAUCAGUUAAUCCAUCAGAAGGUUCAGAAUUGGUAGCCAGUGUACCUCUUGUUCUUUAUUUAUCAUCCCUUUUCUUUUCAUUUUUAUUGAAGAGCAAUAUUAAAAGAAUAGGAAAACAGGUGGCGUAUUUUAUUGGAAGCUUCCUUAGUCUUAUAAGUUGCUUGUGGAUAGCACUAGCUAUCAGCCCCGAAGCAGAUGUGGCACAAAUAUAUUUAGUGGCGACACUUAUAGGUGCUGGUAGCUCGAUAACCCUUGUGUCGAGUCUAUGUGUUACUGCAGACUUAAUAGGACCUCAUUCACAUCAGGGUGCUAUGAUAUAUUCCAUUGUUACAUUUGCUGAUAAAUUAGUGACUGGAAUAGCCGUUGUUGCAAUUGAGAACUACAAAUGUGAUGAUGCUUUAAGCUGCCCUCAAUACUACAGAGGAGUUUUGACUUAUGCCUGUGGAGGAAGUGCCGCCCUCGGCAUAUUAUCUUUAUCAAUCACAAUAUUAGGUUCAAAAGGCAACAUAAGUAAACCUCAAACAUAAUUAGUUAAAUUUAAUGUGUGUAACAAUAAUAAUAGUACAAUAAUAAAAUACAUUUAAUUGUU